AUGGCUUGCACUCUAGUACUCUGGCCCUUCAACAAAAACCUUUAUCGAAAGAUCAACAGCUACUUGGCUUACAGUUGGUGGUGCCACUUUACUUUCCUCGGGCAGUGGUGGUCAGGCUCGGAGUGUGAAUUGUAUAUUGAUCCUUCUGAUUUGCCAUAUAUCUCCAACGAACAUGCACUUGUCAUUAUGAAUCACAAGUAUGACAUUGACUGGCUCAUGGGAUGGAUAAUCAUUGAACGGUUUGGCAUGCUUGGGGGCUCCAAGAUUUAUGGCAAAAGAAACUUGAUGUAUAUCCCCAUUUUAGGCUGGAUUUGGUACCUCACUGAAAGCAUUUUCCUGAAGAGACAUUGGAGUGAAGACCAAAAAACUCUUAUUCAUGAUGUGCAGCAACUGACAGAGUUCCCUGAAAGAUAUUGGGUGACAAUUCUGUUGUUUUGCGAAGGAACUCGGUUCACAGAAGAAAAACACAAGAUCAGCAUGGAAGUGGCUGACCAGAAAGGUCUCCCCCGACUUCGGCAUCACCUACUCCCACGUACAAAGGGCUUUGUGUUGUCUCUACAAGCAAUGAAAGGUAAAAUUCCUGUGAUUUAUGACUGUACAGUGGGUUUCCGCAAAGAUGCAGCUGAGCCAACUCUUAUGAAUAUCCUAAAUGGACGAACAUGCCGUGCAGAAAUGCAUGUAAGACGAAUCCCAGUUGAGGAGAUACCCUAUGAAGAUGAAGAAGCCUGUUCUGUUUGGCUUCACAAUCUCUACCAAUACAAGGACAAGAUAUUUCAUGAAUUUACCAUCAAAGGCCGUUUUGAAGGUCUACAGAAGCAUAAGGUACCUCGACGAUACUGGGAUUUAAGCAUUUGGAUUGGCUGGGCUGUUGUUUUGUGUACGCCUCUCAUCCUGUAUACAAUGAAAAUCAUCAGGGAAGGUUCCCACCUAUCAAACUUGCUUUUGCUUGUUGCCGCCUUUGCAUUGACAUAUGUUGCAACACGCUGGUCCAUGGGACUAAGUGAUAUCAAGAAAGGUUCUUCCUAUGGCAAGAUGAAAUAG